AUGACCGGGUUAACAUCCGGGAUAGUCAGACAGCAGCAGAAGGCCAAGAUGGCGGACAGUGGAGAUAGUUCUGCCGCGGAGAGAAACAAUAGCGCCUCAGAAACCGCUGACGAACGCCUUAAGAGGAUUUACUCAAUGGUCAACGAGAAGGAAACCCCUCUCCCCCGCUCAUGGAGCCCCAAAGACAAGUACAACUUCAUCGGAUUGUCACAGAACAACCUCAGAGUCCACUAUAAAGGGAUUGGUAAGAACCACAAAGAUGCAGCUUCUGUUCGAGCCACACACCCGAUCCCCUCCUCCUGUGGGAUUUACUACUUUGAGGUCAAGAUUGUCAGUAAAGGUCGCGACGGGUACAUGGGAAUUGGACUAUCUGCACAAGGGGUGAACAUGAACAGGUUACCAGGAUGGGACAAGCACUCGUACGGUUACCAUGGUGACGACGGGCACUCCUUCUGCUCCUCGGGUACGGGGCAGCCCUACGGGCCGACCUUCACCACGGGCGACGUGGUGGGCUGCUGCGUCAACCUUAUCGACAACACCUGCUUCUACACCAAGAAUGGGCACAACUUAGGUAUUGCCUUUACGGACUUGCCUCACAAUCUGUACCCAACAGUUGGACUACAGACACCCGGGGAAAUCGUGGAUGCAAAUUUCGGUCAACAGCCUUUUGUUUACGACAUAGAGGACUACAUGAGAGAAUGGCACCAGAAGACUAGAGUCACAAUAGAGAGCUUCCCAGUACCUGAUCACAAGGGGGAAUGGCAGAAAACCUUGCAAAGGAUGGUGUCCACAUACUUGGUGCACCACGGAUACUGUUCAACUGCAGAAGCUUUCGCCAAGAGUACAGGGCAAUCCUUUACAGAGGAACUCACUUCCAUGAAGAAUAGACAAAGAAUACAGAAGUUGGUUUUAGCCGGUCGAAUGGGAGAGGCCAUAGACACCACACAGAGUCUGUACCCAGGACUGCUAGAACGCAACCCCAAUCUCCUUUUCGUGCUCAAGUGCCGUCAGUUUGUUGAAAUGGUUAACGGAACGGACAGUGAAGUUCGGGGACUCAGUGCAAGAAGUCCCAAGUCCCGAAACAGUAGCGGGAGUUCCACGGGUUCCGAGUACAGGUCGUCCCCGAGCCUCAGUCCCAGUCAUCACAGGAUGGACACACAGAGGGCUAACGGCAAGAUAGAGCGCACAUAUGUUACAGGGAACAAGAGUCCUAACACUGGUGAACUCAUCAACACCAAGUCCAACCCCAGUACCUCUGCUAACCAGGACCACGCUAGUGUAGCUGAGAUGAAUGCAGUCAACUCUGUCACCAACGGCUUCUCGUCCAAUCAGGUGGAUGUAGAGAUGGAGGUAGAGGAGUACAACAGUCAGAUGGUGUGUAACGGGGUGUCGAGCAGAGUGAACGACGGAGCCUCCACAUCUUACAUGAACGGCUGCUCACACAACAGCCAGCACAGGGAGGACCUCAUGGAGACAGAUGACUUCGACACAGAUAAGGAGGUACAGAGCCAGAGGAGACAGUUAUGUGGUGGCAGCCAGGCAGCCAUCGAGAAGAUGCUGCAGUUUGGGAGGGAGUUGCAGGGCAUGAGUGUGCAACUCAGGAGGCAGUACGGCAAGAAUGAGGCCAACAAGAAGGUUCUACAGGAUGCCUUCAGUCUCCUGGCCUAUGCAGACCCCUGGAACAGUCCCGUAGGUUACCAGCUGGACACAGUACAGAGGGAGCCUAUCUGUGCUGCACUCAAUAGUGCUAUUCUAGAAUCUCACGGCUUGCCCAGGCAGCCGCCGCUGGAGAAGGCGGUGGGCCACGCCACGGAAUGCCUGAAGCUGAUGUCAAAGGUCGGGAUCGGCUCCUGCGCGUUCGCCAACAUCGAGGACUACUUACGGUGACCAGGCUGCCCCGCAAGCUCUCCCCCCUGUUCUACCCCAGUUGGUUUAGCCCACUAGUAGCCUGUGUUGCACAAUCUCUUGCUAUCAGGGACUGAUCGGGCCUAAGGCCACAGCAAUUUAGUUUGCUGGUUCACGG